CGCCACCAGCAGCAGCACCCCGCGCGCACUCCUCAUCAAUAUGCGCUUCAGAUCCUGAAUGUAGAGCCGCUUCUUCUUCUUCUGCACAGUCACACACGGCAAACCGGAGCCAGUGUUUGAAGUCGGGGAUGUCUGCCCAUAUUUCACAUCUGACUCCAUCCACUGCCAGCUGCUGACUUUUACCCCUCUUCUCAGUCGACUUUCACCUCUCGGGGCAAUAAAUGGAUUUACUCUGAUUUUGAAAGAGCGUCCGGAGCCGUCUCGACUGUUGCUGCUGUUGUUGUGGUUGUAAACAACGCAGAAAAGCACACAUACAAAAAAAUAGGGGUGAUGUUUCCUUUGCACAGGGUGCGUCAAUUUCGCGUCUUUUCCGCACUGGUUGUCGGUUCGAUUGUGUGUUGCGCGAAAAGCGUCAAUGAACCGGGGAACAUGUCUUUCGUGAAGGAGACGGUGGAUAAACUACUGAAGGGUUAUGAUAUCCGACUGAGGCCGGACUUUGGAGGCGCCCCAGUUGCAGUGGGGAUGAGCAUAGACGUGGCCAGCAUAGACAUGGUGUCAGAAGUCAACAUGACAGUAGCUCACUUAGAGGAAAGAUUAGAGCUGCAACAGUGGUUUGGCAAUCAAUACAGUCCACAUACAGAGCAGGACACAGAGUGA